AUGAAAGUCAGCAAACGGCUUAAAGAGAGGGACACAUCCAAGGACCGUCUUGCUUGCACUGCACAGAGCCCGGGGGUUGACUUGGGAGAGUUCCGCAACAUCAUUGAGAUCAACAGGGCGAAGUUGAUUGCUAGAGUGGAGACUCUCGUCAAAAUGGGACAGAUCUCACGUGCCUCUGUCCACAUGAACCUCUCUCUCGCUGUUGUUGGACUCAUUAAUGGAUAUGGUAUUGAAGGAAGCUCUCACCUCUAUGGUUUGUUUUCAGACACCGCCGAGGCUUAUGAGAUAGUUUUAGCGGGUGUGGAACUUGUCUGUGCCACAAAAGAUAAUGAGUACUCUGAUCUCUUCUAUGCAAUCCCAUGGUCUCAAGGAACGCUUGGACCCCUUGCUGCCGCUGAGAUCAAGGUUAUACCUGUCAGGGAGUAG